UCAAGAUGGCGAGUUUGUGAUAUUGUUUUAGUUCCCUCUUUUCAAUCGAAAUACCUGCGCGUAAACUCAUGCGAAUAUUAUGCGUUAACACCAGUCCUAACAAACUUCAUAUAAAUAUAGCAAUUUCCUGCCAUGGAUGUUGAAACGGAAAUAUCUUUCUUAAGUUCAUCGUCAUCGCAAAAUGGUUUCACUACUGCCUGUUGUGCAAAACGGCAGCGAACAGAGGAAAGAGAUGAACAAGAGGUUAUGAACUUGUCACGCGAUGAUUUCGAUCGCCCAAACAAAAAUGGUUCUUUGUUUCAUAAGAGAACCAACAUGCCCACAAAUUAUUGGACGUCAACUUCGCAUUCUCCCAAAAAUUUUUUGCUGAUCAGUGCAAAUGGAUUGGUUUAUGAGUCCGAAGAUUUUCUGCCCAAGGGAGAAACCUUGUAUAAGCCCUUGCAAGAGGAAGUAAUCAUCAAUACAAGGAAUAUCGAGCAGUUCACGUUUACAAAUGGUUCGUUCUUCAUUGGCGAUGAGUCGUCAAGGUUCAACAGGACAGUACAAGGCGUCUCUCUGAAUAUGUGGAGAUUUGACAAUCAAGCAAAGAAGCUUUACAUUUCAAGAUCAUUUGUGUUUACAAAUCUGCAGGAAGCACAGAACAUAAAAAGAAUUUUGGAAAGCAUGUAAACAGGAAUUUAAUAACAUUGUUUUCUAGGACAAGAACAGAGGAGGACAUCUUAUAAUUUUUAAGUAUUCAUUUUAAAGUUUAGUUUGAAUGAAAAAGUUGUAAAGCAUUUCAGUUAUAUUUUUGAUAAUACUUUUUAAAGGGUUUUUAAGGGAAGUCAGAAAAUAGCAAUGGAUUAAAAAAAAAUUAAUCUGAAUUUUCUCCUCAGUGUAUAGUUUAAAAGGGAAGAAAGUAGAAAAAAAGCUGUCCAAUCAAGCCACAGACAAACAGAGAGAGAGAGAGACUUAAAGAGAAAGAGGGAAACAUACUAGUGAAGAGAGAAAAAAACAUUCAGAUAGAGGCAGACAGACAGACAAACAGACAGACAGACAGACAGACAGACAGAUAGACAGGCAGGCUGACAGACAUAUAGACAGACAGACAUACAGCAAGACAGACAGAGAGACAGACAUACAGUCCAACAUACAGCCAGACAGAAGGAGAGACAGACAUACACACAGGCAGACAGAGAGGUUGAAGUAUGUAGUCAGGAAAGACUAAUCACAAGAUUGAGGUUAUAUAGUUACAGUGCCUAAUUCAUGAUAGUGCAAUUUCUUAUAUGUUAGAAUCCACUGUUAUAGUAUUUUCUCCAGGGGGAAGGGGGGUGCUACCUAGAAAAAGGCUAAUGGGGAUGUGCUGCUGGCUGAUUUGUUAUCAG